GACGCAGCAGAAGCCACUUGCGAGUGCAGGACUGUCGGCCGCAGUUUGUCUGCGGGACGCGUCGGAGGUCUUCGUGGCACCAUGAACCUCUACCACAGCCGGCUGCAGCAGCUCGGGGUCCCGGCUCCGCCGCUGAACCUCCCCAACCCAUCCCUGAUCUACUUAUACGGAGGGGACAACGCCGGUAUCGUCCCUGCUCUGAGCUUCGUCCAUACCCGCCAAGACCCCCCGCAGAAGCCGCCCUACAGCUACAUCGCCCUCAUUGCCAUGGCCAUCAAAAACGCCCCCGACAAGCGCGCCACGCUGAGCGGCAUCUACAAGUUCAUCAUGGACCGUUUCCCGUUUUACCACGACAACAAGCAGGGCUGGCAGAACUCCAUCCGGCACAACCUCUCCCUGAACGACUGCUUCAUCAAAGUGCCGAGAGAGAAGGGGCGACCCGGGAAAGGCAGCUACUGGACGCUGGACACCAAGUGCCUGGACAUGUUUGAGAAUGGCAACUACAGACGGAGGAAGAGGAGGCUGAAGAGCCAGCAAGAGACCACGGACUCCAAAUCUGGAGUCAGGCGCGCCAAGAGCGCGGGGCCGGUUCACCAUCCGGGUCCUCUGAAAAACCAGACCGACCCGCAUCCGAGGAUGACACAGCUGUCAGCCGGACAUAGGGUGAGGGUCGACGAGGGGGAAACGGAAAGUCAGCUGCGCGAACAGUGUUUGCAGCGAAGCGCAGAAUCGAAACCAGUUCUUGUCGAAGUAAACCAAUCCGAGCUGCAGCAAAACGCGCCUAUGCAGAAAACGAAACGUUUCCCUGACGGAGAGCUCGUUGCUCCCAGCGGGGAUCCCCCCCGACGCACUUUCGGUAGUCCACAUCCGUUUACAUCGCCCGGUCCGCUUUGCCCAUCAGCGCAGCAGCAGCAGCAGCAGCAGCAGCAGCAGCAUACAAUGUGGACGGACGGCGCGCACCUAUCCGGGUCGCCGCUCCCACUGGACGACCAAGUACCGGAUGCAGGAUCCGCUUUUGGCGGAGGGGAGAGCGGAUCGCUCUGCACCGCCGGUUGCGCAAGAAACACAAACGUACAAGACAAAGCCAAAACAGUGUGUUUCAGCAGCCCGUGCAGCAAAGCCACGAAUAAAUCGAAAGGUUUUAGCAUCGACAGCAUUUUAUCGAAAAAUGGAAACGAAAUGCAUAACGGCGCCCUGGGUUUGGCCGCGGAGACAUGCGCAGUAGACCAUGCCUUCAGCCCGUCUGUGGUCCUGGGACAAGUAUUGAAGCCCACUGUCUCAGACUUUUCACUGGAUUUUUCAAAAGGCCUGCAAGGGACUUCUACACAGCAGCAGCCUUACCACUCCCGGUAUGGGACCACCCCGAGUCUAACACUUAAUCCGAGAGGAAGUGUAUCGGAGCCUCCCUCAGAGGGCUCCAACAGUGCAGCUUGCUGCCUGAACCCUCCUCCACCCACCUCCCACGCAUAG